GAAUCUUUAGUUGGGUUUGCUGCAGUGGACGACCGUUUUUACGACCAUGUCGCGUAUCCCUCAGCCUCCUUCAUCUCGUUCCUCCAUUAAAGCCCCAUCUACGCCAUCUAAGUCUCGGGUAGCAGGUGCUAGCAGUCCUGCGCCAGUACGCGCGCGGACACAGUCAACACCGCGCUCAGCAACGCCCGUCAGGCAAAGGGUGGCAGAACAAGCACCACCCCCACCCGUACCAGCACCCUCCAUGAGUCUCAAGGAAGCCAUCGCUCUACGAAGAGCCGAGGCUAAAAAAGCUCAGGCAAAGCUCGGAGGCGGGGGAGGCGGCUUGGACAACUUUAUGGGCCUCGAGGACGCCUUGCCGACUCCGGCAAACAAACACGAGGAAGAAGAGGACAUCUUGGGCCGCUUGCCGGUGAGGGAUACCAUAGAGCAAGCAAGGAGCACAGGUCUCCUCAACCUAGCAACGCGCUCUCUUCCGUGUCUUCCUUCGGCGCUGUUUGAGAUCCACUUGGGCAUCACGCCGGAUCGCUUGAAAUCCGUUCCAGACGAACCUAUUCUGCCCCCUAGCGAUCCUGAGAAUGAGGCUCGCAAGAGUAAACGCAACAAGCCGGCCUGGUUUGAGGCGCAAGACCUUACGGUCCUCAAGGCAUGGAAUAACGAGAUCGUAGAGAUCCAGCACGAAUUAUCUCUGUUUGGCUCGUUAAAGACGGUCGAUUUGCAUAAAAAUAAGCUCUCAUCCCUCCCCAACACAUUCCCUGAUCUGGCCUCUCUAACAGUCCUUGAUCUUUCUUACAACGCUCUCACCACCCUUCCGGACAAUAUUUUCGCGCUCCCCGAGUUAACCACGCUCAAUCUCUCCCACAAUUUGUUAACUUCUCUACCAUUUGAGGCGCCCUUCGCCUCUGCCAGUAGCCGCACAGGUCCCAACCAAUACACCAGCUCAAGCUUUUUCACGCCAGCUGUCGUCCGAGCUACCACGCCUCUUCCUCGUCUCAUCAAUCUAAACGCAUCCCACAAUAGAAUUGUGGGCAGCGCCGUCGAUGCCACCAUCCCUGUAUCGCUCACCAAAAUUGAUCUGUCCGGAAACCCCCUUGGCCCGUCUCAGCGACUCAUUCAGGCGCUUGGGGCCCUCAAGAGACUCAAGGAAGCCAAGUUUGAAAAAGCUGAGAUAGGCGACGAUUCAUUCCCGCCAGGCUUGUUCUCCUCUGUCCCUUUCGUGGACCUCUGUCUGUUAGACCUGGGAGAGACGCAAGCUACCCUAGAAGCCGUUCAAGCAGCUCUUAGAGGCAUGAAACAGGAGCUCAAUUUUGAUUUCACCACGGACGCACUGCCUAUGGGGGUCACCCGCAUUCUCGUUGGGAAAAAGAUCGUCAAGGAAUAUUGGGAGCUCGAGUUGGAACGACGGGCCAAGGCAAAGGUGGAUAAGGUCUCUGACUGGGAGAUGUCGAAUUCGGUUACAUCAGGUUCAGGUUCGAAAGGGGAGAUUGUCAAAGAAGCUUGGGAGAUUGAGGCUGAACAGGGACUGUUUACUGAGGGUGCGAAACGACGGGCUAGGGCUACAGCGGCUGCGACGACUGCUGCGAAAGCGCAAGCUGCUGCCCCUUUAGUCCGAGCCGAGCUGUCUGCUGUUGUCAAGGAAGCUUGGGAAAUCGAGGCUGAGCAGGGGUUACUAACUGAAGGUGGGAAACGGCGGGCGAGGGCUGCAGCUGCAGCUGCACAGGCGCAAGCUCGUGCUGAACUUGGAUUUGGACAGUCUCCCUCAGCAGCAGCAAGACCUUCGUCUACUUCACCUCAAGGUUCUAUAUCCGCGUCACUUAGUAACCCACAGUAUUACACCGCAACUACGCAAACCCUCAAGCUCCCCGCUUCAGCUGCACCGACCAAAGGACCAGGGCAUGCGCGUGCAUUCUCGCUCGCUGCUCCUUCUGCAGCCGCCUUUUCGUCCUCUUCGUCCCCGAGCACGACGGACAUUGCUGUCCCCGCUCCGUCCCUCCCGCUGUCUGUUAUAGUGGUCCAGCCCUUCGCAGACACGCUCCGAGUGCUAAUUCUGGCGAACCGUCGUAUGGACCGCUCGUUCUCCGUUCCUAGGAUUCCUCAAGGCCCGCCUGGGUACCUACCUAAACUCGAGGAGCUGGAUCUGGAGGGGUGUAACCUCUCAGACUUUGUUUCCAUGCAUACGACUGAACACACUGGGGAAACUACGCCUCCGCGCUCAAGCGAACCUAUCCUCCCAACCCUAUCCAAACUCUUCCCAAGCCUGCAGACCCUCAAUCUAUCAUACAACGGACUAACGAACACUUCUCUCAACACCGAGGCGCUGUCUACGUUAAUCCUGACUUCUCCACAUAGACGCGGCCUGCGUCACCUUCGCUUGAGGGGGAACAGGAUUUCUGAUUUAGAUGGGUUUGUGAAUGUUGCGGAGCAGUUUAAGGGGAACAGGGAAGUGGUUGGGUGGAAGAUGGAGGAGCUGGAUUUGAGGGACAAUGAGAUUGGGAAGCUGCCUCCCGAGUUGGGGUUGUUGCCUUUGGAUGUGCUUUUGGUUGAUGGAAAUACGUUCCGUGUACCGCAGAGAAGGGUUCCAUUGACUAGACCACAAUGGUUUUUUGUGAUGUUUGGUUUACAUCGACAAAAGUUGACCAACGUGGCGAUCAACGAGCUUGACGCCACCCAUUAUGAUGUAUUCAGCGCCGAUGGAAUUCUUAUCGAGUAUAAUGCAUGCAUAACCCCCUUUGGAUCUUCUCGGGCAAGCACGGGCGACAAGCAAGGGAGUAGAUUUACGACUUCGCCUCAACUGAUCUGCCAUGCACUUUUGAGUCCAUACAUUCAUCUGCACAACCAGGGUCAACAUGGUAAUAAUUUAUCUGAAAUCGAUAAAGCAAGAGAAGGAGAAUUGACGCUGAAGCCCUCACGAAAGUUUCGCCGACCGAUCUACAUAGAUGAUUCUUUCAGGAGACAGGGACCGCUGAAAGAGAUUGCUAGAGCCAUCCCUCCUGACCCGUGUCAAGCGCCUUCCAGUGCUUUCGAGAAGCGCAGAGAUAUGCUUGACAGUCCGUUCAAGUGA